UAUUGGAGAUUAAAAUCAUAUAUACUUGUUUGAAAUGCCUCAAGGCAGCUUAUCGGCGGCAAAAAGUGAAUAUUUGGAAAUAGGCGAAUACAAUUUUUCGUGGCCAGGAGAAAAUGGAACAUUUCACGACUUUGGUUCUAUAAAUUAUACAAUGCCGUCAGGACCGUGGUAUUGGCCUUGGUGUCCUUUAUGGAGAGUGCCUCAGCAUCCACUGUUUCAGUUAUCGAAUAUGCUGUUUGUUGCUGCUUAUUGCGCCCCGAGCACCAAAAAAGGCCAACUUUGGAUGCAUACUAUCUUGAUUUUUGGCUUCAUGCUAUACUCUAUAUGGGCCUGGCAUGUCAUAUGUUCACCGGACGCCUUCUCCUGGAACUUCGGCUUCGUAUUCUUAAACCUAGCUCAAGUCGUUUACUUAGUAUACGAAAUGAGACCUGUCAAGUUUGAUCCAGAACUCGAAGAAGUCUAUCACACUCUUUUCGAACCUUUUAAGGUAUCGAGACUGCAGUUCAAGCGCAUGGUAUCUCCCGACUUCGCACACGUGAUGUCUUUGCACGCCGGCGAGGCCUACGCGAUGCAAAACCUUACCAAAACGGAUCGACUCGGGCUCCUACUGUCUGGCAAGGUUAACGUUAUGAGCGGACAUCAAUUUCUUCAUCCCAUACUGCCGUGUGAAUUUCUCGAUUCACCGGAAUUCGAAUCAAGUAGAGCUACGAUUGAUGAAAAAUUUAAGGUUUCAAUAGUGGCGGCGUCAUCGUGCCGCUACGUAUAUUGGCAACGGAGCUCCUUAGAAUAUUUAUUCGUGAAGGAGCCGUAUCUCGCGUGCAUAGUCACGACAUUGAUCGCUAGAGAUAUAACUACUAAACUCUACGCCAUGAACAAUAAGAUAGUAACGGAAAGGGGAUCGCAUUUAGACAUACGUCUGCCGAGUAUAUCGCAUGCGUUGGCACGGAGUCCGAGGAAACUGCGGUCAGCCAACAAACCGCCGCCGCCCACGACGGUGCAGCCGGUCCCGCCGGAGAAGAGAUCGAAUUACUGGUCUAGAGACACGGAGAAUACGGUGGCAAAUCUCGCGAAACGCAACGGCGUGACUGCAACUUAUCCUGAAGCAGACGAGGAAUUAAUCCCACUCGCAGCUCACGAAGCUCCCGCGGGCUCCUCAGACGACCUCUCGAUCGCCGACAGUUGUCCGGAUACCUCCUCCAAGUACCACAGCUGCGAGGCUGUUGAGACUGAUGAUGAUCUCAGACACUGACAUACGGAAAAUAACGAUGUAUUAACGUCUCUUAAAGAUUCUAGCACAAGAACCUCGUCCUGCGACAGCCUUUUUACGGUGGAAGAUCGUUAGACCUUAGCAAAAUUAUUCUGUGAUAAAUUUUGACACGAAAUCCUCGACCUAAAAUGUUCAUACAAUGUUAAAAACCGAUUAUCGCACAUCGCAUACCUUUGAUAUUUAACUUUCGAGUUCUACGUCGAGAUUAGAGUCUGUGCUUACAGAAUGACUAUAUAGAUAGUGGCUUAUAAUACAAAAGACUGAAAUA